AUGGCGAUUGAGAAUGCGAUGAUGGAGACUCAGCAGGUCAAGACCUAUGCCGUCUGCUGCACAGCUGAUCUCAAGAUCGAAGCCAUCAACCAGUUUCUAGUCGAAGUGCACCAGAAAGAACAAGAAGAAAGAUCGAUUCCUAUCUUUACGGUGGUCCACGAUCUUAAGACACGACUAAAUGGUACAACAAAGGAACUUCGAAGCGAUGACAAGAUCCUGAAGAGUCCUUUCGCAGGUCUUGACUACCCUGAGGUACAAAGACUUUUACAGCAGAUGGUCAAAGACACGGGCUCGAAAAUUGACACUAAAUGGUUUCUGGUCCUGGACGACGAAUCUGAGCGUACCUCUUCCGGAGUGAUUGUCGUUGUGGAGGGGGAGUAUGUUCGCUCGGUCCGUGUUACUUACCCUACCACAUCAAGAGAUUUGGCUGCUGCGAGUGUUGCUCAUCCAGGUAUUGACGAGAUGAUCGAGCUUGCUAACGACAAGUAUAAUGGGAUUCUCCAAGAUUGAUUCAAUAUAAUCUUAGUCUUGAACCGUCCGGGAGAGUAUGAUCACUCAGAACUAUCUCCAAUCAGAUCCCAAAUUAUGUCUUCCAUCGG